AUGAAACUUUCCAGUGUAGCAUGCCCAAUUCCAACCACGGCUGCUCUCAUUGGCUGCCUUUUCUUACUCGCAACAGUUUCAGAGGCCGUAAUAUCUUGCAGCGAUGUAACCAAGGACCUUAGACCUUGCCUGAGCUACCUAGUAAAUGGCUCAGGGAUGCCACCUGCUGCAUGUUGUGCUGGAGCCUCAGCCCUCGCAUCUGCUGCAUCAACCUCUGCCGACAAGAAAGCUGCAUGCGGCUGUAUUAAGUCAGCAGCCCAGAAAAUAAAUCUCAAAGUUCAAUUGGCCCAGGCUCUUCCAGGGAACUGUGGAAUCAACUUGCCUUUCACUAUUUCACCAAAUACUGACUGUUCAAAGUAA